AUCACACAGGCGCUCUUGCCCUGCUGACCCUGGACGACAUCAAUGCCCAAGAUGGACUUGGUGUGUGGGCUCCAGAAGCAUCGCGGACGAUAGUCUUCUAGCGACGUCAGCGAGACGCGCCCGGACGCGUCGCCUGCCAGGACAAAGGCGCCCUCAUCCUGCGUCUUAAUAGCUCGAAGCGAAUGGAUAGAAUCGGGAGAAUGGUGCCGCAGGAUCCAGGUCGGCUGCGACUGCAUCCGAUCGGUGUCUUGUUACUUUCUGUGUGGAGGCGUCUCCACUCCACCCAGUCGCACACCUUGUCUGGGUGCAGGUUGGACAGUGAGCGCAGGGACCCGCAAGAACGCUGUUCUUGACCACCACUGCGAUUUUUCUCAACAAUGUCUUCCAUCACAAAGGUUCCCACGGUCCGAUUGGGCAACUCUGGCCUGCAGAUCUCCAAGAUCAUCCUGGGCAUGAUGAGCUACGGCUCUUCCAAGUGGCAGCCCUGGGUUCUCGACGGCGACGACGCCUGCCGGCAGCACGUCAAGGCCUGUCUUGACCGUGGCAUCUUCACUUUUGACACAGCCGACGUCUACUCUAACGGCCAGAGCGAAGAGAUUCUCGGGAGGGUUCUCAAAGACCUCAAGGUCAAGCGAGAAGAUGUCGUCAUCUUGACCAAGUGCUACUUUCCCGUGCAAGAGAAUCCCUCGGACCCGAUUGGCCCGCCCAAGAAGCCAAACCAGGGUGGCCUCAAUCGCAAACACAUCUUUGACGCGAUCAAGGCUUCGCUAAAGCGGCUCUACAUGGACUAUGUCGACGUGCUCCAAUGCCAUCGCUUUGACAAAAACACACCGAUCGAGGAGACGAUGCACGCCCUCCACGAUGUCGUCCAGGCUGGCUACGCCCGCUACAUCGGCAUGAGCUCAUGCUACGCUUAUCAGUUUGCUAUGAUGCAGAACUAUGCCAUCAACAACCGUCUCACGCCCUUCAUCUCGAUGCAGAAUUUCUACAAUGCUGUCUACCGUGAAGAGGAACGCGAGAUGCUUCCUUUGCUCCAGGAGCUCGGUGUGGGCUGCAUCCCGUGGUCGCCCCUCGGACGCGGUUACUUGGCCCGUCCCGUUACUGACAAGUCCACGAGCCGUGCUCAGAGCGACAAGCACCUCUCUGGCAUGGUCGGCGGUGAAGCAAGCGCCUCGAUUGCCAUCAACGAGGCCGUGCACAAGCUGGCGCAGAAGAAGGGCGUCUCGAUGGCGCAGAUCUCACUGGCCUGGCUGCUUCACAAGCCCAAUGUGAAUCCCAUCGUGGGCAGCACCAAGCUCGAGAACAUCGAGGACCUCGUUGCCGCCAUCGACGUCAAGCUCAGCGAUGAGGAGCUGAAGCAGAUCGAGGAGCCUUAUGUGCCUCGUGCCAUUAGCGGUCACACUUGAGUUGCCUGCUGCUUGCUUUUCCCUCUUGUGACUGUUCCGGUCGACUCUUUCGAUUUGCGCAUUCCCAAGCGAUACCUUGAAAAUAUCAAAGGAUCGUGCUACAAUUGUCAAUGUCAACUCUUGUC